UAUAUUGCCACACAGGUCGUUUCACAUACUCCAUAAUCAUGGAUACCAAUAAUCAGUGUAUGCUACACAUUGGCAUCCUCUCAAGCCCCGGCAUAGGCCACAUAAUCCCAGCUCUUGUAUUGGGCAAUCGCCUCGCCGCCGUCCACAAUGUCAAAGUCACCGUCUUCGUUAUCACCACCGCAAAUUCACCCACCGAAAGGCAACUGCUCGAGUCAAGCCGCCUCAACAUCGUCCAAAUACCGCCGGUUGACAUCUCCGCCUUGCUUGACGCCAACACCAAGCCGGUCACCCAGCUUUGCCUGCUUGUACGCGCAGCUUUGCCGGGUGUGCGGUCCGCGUUAUGGGCGACGAAUCAAUGCCGCCGCCUCGACGCGCUCGUCGGGGACUUUUUCUGCACGGAAGCUCUGCCCGUGGCGGAUGAGCUUAACGUGCCCAAGUUUAUUUAUGUUCCGACCAAUGCAUGGUUCACGGCCUUGACGGUUUACUGUCCGGUUCUGGACAAGGAAAUCGUGGGUCAGUAUGUUGAGCAAGAAAAGGGGUUGGAAAUCCCGGGUUGCAAACCGGUCCGACCGGAGGAUGUGGUUGACCCGAUGUUGGACCGGAAUGAUGAGCAGUACCGUGAGUAUCUACGGGUAGGUGGGGGGUUUAGCAUGGCAGAUGGGAUUUUGAUGAAUAUUUGGGAAGAUGUUGACCCGGUCUCACUCAAAGCUCUUAGAGAGAAUGAAACCCUAAGCAAACUUGUGGGAAGAUCACCGGUUUAUGCUAUCGGUCCGCUGACAAGAAACAUUGAAGAAAGAGAUGGUGAUGGGAUGAUAAUGCAAUGGCUAGAUAAGCAACCUCGUGAGUCUGUCUUGUACGUGUCGUUUGGAAGCGGUGGAACGUUGUCGGCCGAGCAGAUAACCGAGUUAGCUUGGGGGUUGGAACUGAGCGAGCAAAGAUUCAUUUGGGUGGUCCGACCGCCAUCUAAGCGCGGCCCGGACGACGCGUUUUUCACUACCGGACAAGGAGCCGACGGCACGCCAAAUUACUUGCCGGAGGGGUUUAACACUCGAACCCAAAAGCAAGGGUUGGUGGUGCCCAUGUGGACCGAACAGGCACUGAUUCUGAAACAUCCGUCAACCGGAGGGUUCCUCAGUCAUUGCGGGUGGAACUCAACCCUAGAGAGUAUUAAAAACGGGGUGCCUAUCAUCGCGUGGCCCUUGUACUCAGAGCAAAGGCAAAAUGCCAGCUUGCUCACAGAGGAGCUAGGGGUUGCAAUUCGGCCUAAGAAGUUGCCAACAAAGGGAAUAGUGGGAAGGGAAGAGGUGAAGACAUUGGUGAAAACAAUGUUGCAGUCCAAUGAAGGAAAGGAGAUGAGGGAAAGGGUAGUGAAGCUAAGGAUGAGUGCAGAGAAGGCUAUAAGCAUCGGAGGCUCAUCAUACAAUUCCAUGUGUGAGCUUCUGAAUACGAUUGAAAAGAGGAGAUCAGAGAUUUGAAACUUUGCACGCACACAAGUUUAAUAUAAUUAUAUUGCAGCUGAAUAUAAUGCUGAUCUUUAAAUAAUUAUGUAUUGGAUAUCUAUAUUUGCAUGUCAUGAAUAAAUUCCUCGUGCUUUUUUUAUUUA